AUGCUAACGUCCAGACUAGGCGGCUUCUACGGCCUUGGAAAGCACAUAUGGUCCUUGGGACCGUAUGAGAUGCGACAGAUUACGAUAAUCACCUUUGCAUAUGUCUUCAUCUACGCAUGGAGUGUGUGCAUCAUCAAGUUCUCGAUUCUGGCGCUAUACCGCCGCAUAUUUGGCCUCUCGUACUUUGGCUAUUUCUGCAUCGCUCUCACUACAGGCUAUCUUAUCACCAACCACAUCGUCCUACCGCUCUACACGCGACCGCUGCACUAUUACUGGAACCAGUGGUACGGAGAUAAAGGCGUGGUUCAGGUAGACGAGGCAAAGUUUUAUCUCGGUGUCGGCAUCAUCAACCUUUUCGGCGAUGUGUGCAUCCUUACGAUACCCAUAGCGAGUGUGCUUAAGCUCCACAUGGGACGGACCCAGAAGGUGGCAGUCUGUCUCACAUUCCUACUUGGUAGCUUGUACGUCACAUUCCUACGUCAGUUCCUACGAAAAGGUUUCGCUAACAAGUACAGCGUCUGUUUUGCUUCGCUCUACCGCAUCAUCACCAUCACCCAUCUCGUCCAGUCGAAAGACAUCAGUUGGGCAAAGAGCGACGUCUUCAUCUGGUCCUCCGUAGAACCCUCCAUCGGCAUCAUCUCCGGAUGCCUACCCACCCUGCGACCGCUCAUGAUGAAAGUAAUCAACGCACUCUCGACCCGCCUGCCAUCCUCCUUCAAGUCAUCGCAGCACUCCGAAUCAUCCGGCCCCUCGCUGAACCCUCUCGAAACGAUAUCCAAGAAGCGCACGCGCAAGAUCAACCUCAAGGAUACGUUGGGAGACACGAUUAACAAUGACACUCGGAGCCAGUGGGGUAAAUCGCGAUUGGAUGAAGACGAAAUGUGUCUCACGACAACGACUGUGCAUGGGGAGUGCCCGGGUACCGCCUUGUGCAAAGAAGGCAGUGUGACCACAAGCGAGCUCUCGCAGAGUAUGAGGAGAGAAAGAGGGAUUACUAUGACGAAAGAAUUCGCGUGGGAUGAGGGAACGCAUGAUCAAAGCCCAGACAACAAGGUCUAG